AUGCCAUCGCAACGGGCCCGGAGACGAUCGAGACAUCUUCGCCCCAGCGUCCUCGGCAGCCGAGUCAUCAAACAGUGCCGCUGCCGCCGCAGCCACCUCGGCGCGCGGUGGCGGCACACAUCGCUUCGCUCUAGAAUCUCGUACCAGACACACCCGCCGCAGUUCGACUCGCGCGCGCACUGGCUGUGCGACAUAAAGCGACAUGUUAAGUGCGACGAAACGAGGCCGGCGUGCUUGAAUUGCAUCAAAUGGCGAGGUUACUGUGACUCAUAUGCCACCGACGACGCCACACGAGGUGCAAAGGACGGCGGCGCGGGCGACAACGCCAAGCUGAUUCACACGAAAAAGGCGCCGCUGAUGCUGACCGAGCCCCUCGUCAACAUCCUGCGCUUCGCCAGCCAGGACGAGCGCGCCUACUUUGACGAGUGGGCGCACCUCUCCGUCACCUUUCUCAGUGGCGGCCUCGACCAGACCCGGCUAUGGACGGCCACCAUGCCGCAGCUGAGCCUCGAGGAACCGACGUUGCGCUACGGCGCAAUGGCCGUCGGCGCCCUGCGACGCGCCUGCCGAUCCAGCAACGCGCCACUGGCCGACGACAACCGGCACUACCUUAACGCGGUGAUGCUCUACUGCGAGGCGCUGCGGCGGCAGUCGGCGGCGCGCCCCACCCGCGAGGGCUUGCGAACCGCGCUGCUCUCGUCGCUGCUCUUCAUCUGCUUCGAGGCGCUGCGCGGCAACACGCCCGCCGCGCUCAAGCAUGUCACCCACGGCUUUACCAUGCUCAACGAGCUGGCCGGGUGCACCCCGCGCGCGCCCGAUCUAGUCAGCAUCGCGCCCGCUCCGCCCGCCAUGGUCCAGGAGAUCCUCGACUGCUACAAGCCGCUCGAACUGCAGUCGCGGUCCUUCCUGGGCUCCUACAAGGCUGCCUUCUUCAAGGGCGACCGAGACCCGCCGCAGCUGGCAGGGCAUCCCGGGGGACAGCCACCAUCACUGCGGGGGGACCCGCGGUUGAUGUCGCCGAUGUCAAGUCCGCAGCGGUCAGCAGCAGUAAGUAAUGUGCAGUCGCCCAAGAGUGACCCCAGCACACCACAGAGCCAGCACAUGGGGGUGCUCAGCCCACGCAGCUUGGACAGCCCGUCAAGUCAAAAUACCACACCGGUCGCACCAACAUCAUCAUCCACAUCACCGCCCUCUGCCGCCUCCCCAUCCUCCACAACCCCGCCUGGUCCGGGACAGCAAGGCCCGCCGAAGCCACCAACAAGCGGACCUCCGCAGCGACCGCCCGGCAUCGCACCCUUCACCAAGCACUCGCCGUACUUCCGCCCCAAGCGGACCACCAUCACCACGCUGCGCGAGAUGCCCCGCACCUUCGCCGACAUGGAGGAGACGCAGGGCUACUGGGCGCUCGUGCAGCGCAACAUGGUGCAGUACAUGCCGCUGCUGGCCGCCACCAGCGCGCGGCUCGCCCUCGCCAAGGCUGGCUCCGAGGCCGAGGUCGAGGCCAAGCUGGCCGCCGUCCGGCAGGACCCCGCCAUCGGCAAGUUCAUCGCCGACUGCCGGUACUGGAUCCGGCGGUGGGCCGAGGCCUACGAGCCGCUGUACCGGGCCGCCGUGCGCCGCCGCUGGCACGACGCCGCCUCCACCGCCGCGUACCUGCACGCCAUCAACCUGCGCGUCGAGUACCUGGUGCUGUGCGUGUACACGACAGUGCCGCGGUACGCCGGCCUCGUCACCGCGCGCGCGCUGACCCCGCAGUACCGCGAGAUCGCCGCGCUCGCUGAGACGCUGCUGCAGGCGCGCUGGCAGCCGCCUGACGGUGGCGUCGGCUUCGCGAUGGACUCGGGCUGGACCUGGCCGCUGUUCAUCGCCGCUUUCGGGUGCCGCGAAGCGGCGGUGCGCGCGGACGCGACGCGCAUCCUCGGGCAGUACCCGGUGCGCAACGCGCUGCGCGAUAGUAGAGUGUACCGCGCGAUCGCGCUGCGCAACGAGGAGGUUGAGCGGGCGGUCGCGGCGGACGGGGAUGAUGAGGCAAGGCAGUGGGUAAGGCUGCGGAGGCGCGAGGUGCUGUUUGAGGACUUUGGCGCGAGCGUGGUGCUGCGGUCGGUGCGGAAGGAUCCGGAUACGGGUGUGUGGGAGCUGAUCGAGGAGGCGGCGGACUUUCAGGUCCGUCCGGACGGGCACCUCAACUGGCGGAGGCAGCCCAUCUCGGGUGCCACGUCGAUACUCGGUGGUGUGUGCUGA